AUUCUCGGUCGUGGUUGUUUCGUCUUUCACCGUAUUUUCUCAUCACUUGAAGCCAGUCCAGCGGACCGCCGAACGGCGAAGGUCAUUAUGCCUCAUCCAAGUGAUCACUUAGGAAGUACGUCUACUUUAAACGGAACAACCAAUGGUGUUUCAGUUCUUAAAAAGAUKAAAAAUGGACUUGAUGAAAUUAAUGGCAAUGCGUCAAAUAAUGUUGCCAAAUAUUCCCGCAGUUCGGGUCCACUUCGGUAUCCACGAGUAUUAGUAACAGGUGGUGCAGGRUACCUUGGCACAUCAUUAGUUCCCAUUCUCCUCACCGAGGGCUAUGAUGUAAUUGUCUAUGAUAAGUUAUUAUGGGGUAUCARUGGUCUUCUCCAWCAUGCUGGUAAUCCAAAUCUGAAAAUUGUUAAAGGUGAUGUUCUUGAUUUCAACCACUUAAAGCAACAUGUAUCAAAGAGUGAUGCAGUUAUUCACCUUGCYGCCAUUGUUGGUUAUCCUGCUUGCGAGAAGAACCCACAGCUAGCUCAACAAGUCAAUGAGGAAGGYACAAAGAAUGUUGUAAAAUGUCUUCGGCCAGGUCAAGCGUUAGUUUAUGCAUCAACAGGWUCAUGUUAUGGGGCUAUUAUCAAUGGGAUAUGUACAGAAGAGACACCAAUAUCUCCACUAACUUUGUAUGGGAGUUCAAAAGCCGCUGGCGAAGAGGUGGUGAGAGRAACGAAAGGUGGGGUCUGCCUUCGUCUUGCUACCGURUUUGGUGUGUCAUCCCGUAUGCGUCUUGAUCUCCUAGURAAUGAUUUGACUCACAAAGCCGUCACCAUGAAACACUUUGACCUUUACCAGGGAGAAUUCCGUCGCACUUUUCUCCAUGUAAAAGAUGCAGCUAAUGCAUUUGCAUUUGCUCUUGAGAAUUAUGACUACAUGGACGGGAAAGUCUUCAAUGUUGGYGAUGAAGUCAUGAACAUGUCUAAAGCAGAAGUUGCACAAAUGAUUGAGCAGUUAGUUCCAGAUUGUGUCAUUACCACUUCGACAAAUGGAGAGGAUAAAGACAAGAGRAACUAUGAAGUUUCGUAUGAAAAGAUCCGCAGUUUAGGCUUCCAUGCUACUAUAACUCUUAAAGAGGGAGUAGAGGAACUGUUGAAGGUACUGCCAUUUAUCAGUGAAGAAGAAGCUAAGAAGGCAAGGAACAUUUAAUUGAACUUUGUUUCAAAAUUCAAUCAAAAGUAAAAGUUUUGUAGAAAAUAUUGUUGUAAAGUAAUGUUGCAUCACAGAAUGAUACUUGAUAUGCAAGCCUUUUUUUUUUGAAGUAUUUUUAAAAAUAGUAGUUACUAAGCCAAAAGCACAGCAAGUUUAAUUGAAUUAUCAAACUCAUUGAUAUUCAUUGUGUUCUUAAAAAUUCAUUUUUUUUAAAUGACAUUUAAAAAAGGACAUUCAAAAAUCUAUCUAUAUUGUGACCAUAAUAUUGCUCAAUUGAAGAAAUUGAAAAAAAAUAGCC